CGCCCAGAGUCCGACACGCUUAACUUACGGCUGAAAACUUUCAGACUGUUUUUUCUGUUAAAACCGCCUCUGGUUUAAGACUCGAUCAAACAGCGCGCGUCGACAGCGCCGUUUGCGAGAAGAGCGGCCUGGAGCUGUUUGUGCUGCUCGGGAGUUUCUAGAGGAGCUGCGGCGCUGCUGGAGCGUUUCUCCAGUCCGUCAGGAGCGCCGUGUGCUGCUCUCUCGCUCGCUGCUCAUGUGAGGCUGGUUUGAGCUUCGCGCUUUCGCCGUGGCAAACAGGUAUGGCGGACACCGAGAAUAUGUCGAUUGGCGGCGACUUGUCCACCAAGGAGCUGAGUGAGAAGAAGCAAGAGAAUGAGAAAAAGAAGAGGUCUCGGGUGAAGCAGUUGCUGGCCGAUGUAAAGAAACAAGUGGAGUUCUGGUUUGAUGAUGUGAACCUCCACAAGGACAGAUAUCUGAAGACCGUCAUUACGCAGUCAAGAGAUGGAUAUGUUGAUAUAGCUCUCCUAACAACAUUCAAUCGAAUGAAAAAGUUGACCACUGAUAUCAAAUUGAUAGCUAGAGCCCUCAAAAAUUCUCAAGUGGUAGAGGUUAAUCUCGAAGGAACUCAAGUAAGGCGAAAAAACCCAAUUGGGGAUAGUCCAAAAGACGUGGACAGCCGCACAGUAUAUGUGGAGCUCCUACCAUACAACGUAACCCAUGUUUGGAUAGAAAGAGUGUUUAGCAAGUGUGGAAAUGUAGUGUAUGUUAGUCUGCCAAGGUACAGGGUCUCAGGGCAGCCAAAGGGCUUUGCGUUUGUGGAGUUUGAGACGGAAGAGCAAGCACAUAAAGCCAUUGAGAUGUUGAAUAAUCCUCCAGAGGAUGUGCCAAGGAAAGCAGGCAUUUUCCCCAAGACUCAUAAAGGAAAACUUAUCCCUUUUCAUACAGUCCAGGAUGCCACGCAAGAUGAAGAUGAGGAUGGAAAGAAAAAGAAGAAGAAGAAAAAGAAAGCCCGGAGCGAACUGAAAGAUGAUUCUAUUGAAGAAAUGGCAACGGAGAAUGUGACCGACAAAGAGCAUCCUGGUGAAGCUGAAGUGUCCCGUAAGAAAAGGAAACAGUCUUCAGAGGGCACCGAGACAGAGAGUGGCACUGACAUGACUUCAGCCAAGAAGGCAGAGAAGAAAAGACGACGGUCACACAGCUCAGAGGUGUCGGGAGUAGAGGGCCAAGAGGAGAAACCAGCCAAAAUGAGUAAAAUGGAGGAGGAGGCUGGUGAUGCAGAGGAGAUUUCUGAGAACAACAAAGAAAAACAGGAGGAAGAUGGAAAAAAGGAUGAAAAGGAUGAUUCCUUACUGAAGGCCAAGAGGAAGAGAAAGAAGAAACAUAAGGAGAGACUGAAGAUUGAGGAAGAGGUCAUUCCUCUCAGAGUGCUCUCAAAGAAAGAAUGGUUGGACAUGAAGGAGGAGUAUUUAACACUUCAGAAGCACUGCAUGGGAACUCUGAAGAAAAACAUUAAUGACAUCAAUCAAAAAACUAUGGAUUGUGACAAUCCAACUACUGAAAACAAUGAGAAAGCUGAGGAAAAGAAUAAAGCAAAAACUUCUGGCCCUCAGUUUGAGAGUGGAGUCAUUGUCAAAAUCACCCACAGCCAGCCUUUGCCAAGCAAGAAACUUGUCAAGGACACCCUGUCUGAAGUGUCUGCAGUGAAGUAUGUGGAUAUCCUGGAAGGAGAUGCUGAGGGUUACAUCCGAUUUAAUACACAUGAGGAUGCAAAAGCAGUCAUUACAGCUCGGUCUGAACUGCAGAAAAAACACAACUGGAACCUGGAGAUUCUUACUGGUGACCAUGAGCAAAGGUACUGGCAGAAGAUCUUGGUGGAUCGACAGGCAAAACUGAAUCGUUCCAGAGACAAAAAACGGGGCACAGAAAAGCUUAUUUCUAAGGCUGAAAAAAUAAUCAUCGCUCGGGCAAAAGAGGCAAAUAAGCAUAUCUACUUUGAUGACUGAUGGUCAAGUGAGGUUCCACCUGAUGUUAAAGCCUUUUUUCCGUUAGUAAGUUUUGUCAGCACUGUACUUCAACUGUUUUAGGUAGUCUUUUUUUUUUUUUUUUUUUUUUUUACCCCAAAUGCAUUGUUUUGUUUGCAGAUCUAAUUUGACUGUGUUAAAGAUGAAUUUUAAGGUGAAAUUUGUUUUCUUUUUAAUAAAGCAGGAAUGAACAUGUUCAGAUUACCACAGGUGCUUUUUAAAUAAAAAAAAAUGUAGUGGUGCAACUUUUUAAAAAUAAAUUAUUUGUUUUCAUAAAA